CGAUCACUCCUUCUCCACCACCAAACCAGGCCCAUUGUUCUAUUGUACUCGAGCAAGAGCAACCGUCACCUGUUCUCCAUCCUUUGCGUAUUUGCUACGUCCAAUACAUCGAGGCGUUCAAGCAGCUUUCCGAGGCCCAAGCCACACAGCCUUCUCGACGUUGCGCAUCUUCCCGCGUUCAACGCAAUGGACGCCCCCGAGCCAGACCAGACCCCCUUCGCCGCCGUCACGGCGCAGACCUCGCGGCUGCAGAGACGGUACCAGGCACUCCUAGACCAGUCAACACCGUACGUGGCGUACAGAUGGGUCGGAACCGCUGUUGCGCUCAUGCUCUUCUUCACCCGCAUCUUCGUUGCGCAGGGCUGGUACAUCGUUGCUUAUGCUCUCGGCAUCUACCUGUUGAACCUUUUCCUCGCAUUCCUGCAACCCAAGUUCGACCCCUCCAACGAGGCUAUUGAUAACGAGAUGGAGGAUGGGUCUGUUGGCUCACUCCCGACCAAACAGGACGAGGAGUUCCGGCCGUUCAUCCGGCGUCUUCCCGAAUUCAAGUUCUGGGAGUCGGCGACAAGGACCAUCCUGAUUGCCUUCUUCUGUAGCUGGUUCGAGAUCUUCAACGUUCCAGUGUUCUGGCCUGUCCUGGUCAUGUACUGGUUCAUCCUCUUCUUCUUGACCAUGCGCAAGCAAAUCCAACACAUGAUCAAGUACCGUUAUGUUCCCUUCUCUAUCGGCAAGACCCGAUAUACCAGGAACAGCGAUUAAGGCGAAACACAGCAGGCACAAGGUGCUGCCUCCAGUGGGCGGCCGAGAGAACGAUGGAGAUGGGAUGGCUGGCCGAGGGCGCUCCGUUUCUUGUGGCGAGCUCACGACUUCCAAAAUUACAUUCUAUUUUUAAUUUGCAUCUGCAUCAAGGAUGGGAGCUGGGCAGCGUCAUCUGUCUUGCUAUUGCUAUUGGCGCAUUCCGCAGGGGAGGGCUAUAUGUUAUGGAGUUCCCGAGUCUUCUUGGUUGUGGCAGCUGAGAUGAGUUCACGGAGAACACGAACUGAGCUUCGUUUGACGCAUGCGCUAUGUAGAGUUUUGUACCAAUUAGACGAAGAUCAAGACCUGAC